AUGUACAAAAAUGACCUUAUGGGAAUGGCCAAUAGAGCUAUGAGUGAAGUGAACGAUACAGUGUUUCCAUCUGGAGACAUGGAAGAACAUUCCAAUCUAUUUAUUGUUUUUGGCGUUCUAGGGGUAUUUGUUAUUCUGCUGCUGAUAGUCGUAGUGUAUCUGAUAAUAAGAAAGACAAAAAUCAACUCAUCAACACUCGAAAGAAUAAACAAGCUGGCAGCAGAGAAUGAAAAGAUAAAGGAAGAAAACAGCAAGCUGUUUGCGAUAAUAAGACAAAUGGAGGCAGAGAAGGCAGUAAACCAUGAUGAAGGAAUUGAGGCACAAAAGAAAGACAUUGAAGAGGAAAGGAGAUACUUGAAUGAAGAAAGAAGGCGGCUUGACGGAGAGCUGAGAAGGAUUGACAGCAAAAAAACAGAAGUAGAAGACAUCUACAUAAAAAUAAGAAAAAUAAAAGAAGAAGCAGACAGCGCAGAGAAUAAAUACACGCAAGAAAUUGAAACUCUUAGCGAGAGAAAUAAAACAUUGGAAAAAGAAAUUAAAAGACUUGCGGAUGUAAUAAAACUGUUUGAGCAGGAAAAUAAAGCUGCAGAGGAAGUGCUUGUAGAAGUAGUGCAGGUAUAA